CGAUUCCCGAAAUUAUCGUCUGUGUGUUGGAUCGUUUCGGGGUGGCGAUAAGCCAACUGAAUCCUCUUGGCAUCCAGCACCUCAUUAGAGUCCUGAUCCUGAGCUACGAGCAUGGUCUCACCCUUACCGUCGAUCACUUCGAAGCGCUUCUUCGGUUACAGAUCAUCAAGGAUACGGUCACGUACAGGCUGGUUCCUUGGAACUUCAUGUCGGUGGUUAAGGGGUGUACUUCUAACUUCAACUCGUGGAAGAAGUUUUUCUUCUUCGUUCGUGUAGACGCCGCGUCCGUUGAGGAGAGUUGUAUCCCAUUGUUCUGGAGGUUGCCGAACGAUCGUCCCUUCAUCAAUCCUCUUGCUCCGUUUCCUGAGGACAUUAUUGCGGUGAGGGAUCUGCUCAGGAACAGUCCUUUUUUCUGGACUUCCUUUACGCCGAAGACAGUUCGAAAGGCGCUGAGGUUUGUGCAUCCUAGUCCAGCUUUGGGCGGAGAAACAAGGAGUGAUUCCGAGCCUGAUGACCAAGGUCCCGACGCUGCUCCCACGAUUGCGACGGGGCUGAAUUUUUCGAAGGGGAAAGAUAUUGACCUCUUUGACCUGGAGUUUUCGGUGGACGAUUGCAUGCUUCCAGGAUGGGAUCCGGACCUUGCUUUCGGCGAUGGAAGCGAUACGAGCGAGGUCCCUAUUCUGGACUUUGAUUAUUUCUUCGUUGGUCUUCCGUCGGGCUUCAUGCUCCUCCGGCUACGAACGAGUCGGGGAGGCCGAAAGUCGUCGCGGAAGGAUCUCGUAUCAUCAACGGGGGCUUGAACUUGCUUGGAUCGGCCAUUGAGGCGAGCCAUAGAGAGGCCAUGAUCUAUCGCUUUAAAGCGGAGAAGGCGGAAAAGGAUCUUGCUCGCAUGCAAGACGAGAUGGUGGCGCGAGAUGCUCAACUCGCUCGUGAUCAUGCCAGGGCUGUUCGUAGGGCGGAACGGAAGGGCAAGAGGGAAAUUGUCGAGGUGAUGAAGACUCGCGCCUCUCAAUUCCAGGUUGAGUAGGGGAACCUCAAGUAUGCUUUCAACUCGCCGGGCGACUUCCGUGAGUGUCGCGGCUCAGUCGGGAGCCUUUGGAAGACGCGGGCGGAUGACUACGUUUUUGAGAGGGAGAUGGAGUUAAUGAAGGGUGGCAUGAAGGAUCAUGCUCA